AUGCUGAACCUUCUGAAGUUCCCCAUCAUCAACAACAUUCGGUACUGCAUGUUCAGGAGGUCCAAGAGGCACCAGAGUGCCUCCAAGCAGACGGAGAGUGAUAUCUCUCCACAGGAGCUCAAGCGACUGGAACAGUUCAGCAAGCAGGGCUACCUAGUGGGUCGUAUUGGGAGGACGUUCCGGACCGUCGUAGAAUCCAAAAGAGGCCUGAUACAGUUUGAUCCUGAUAGUCUGGCCUAUGGAGAGGACAUGAUUGACAAGGAGGAGGAGAAAGACCAUACUCUUUUCAACCCUUCUCCAGAUGUGGGCUUGACGCUCAACGAACUGAAAGAUGCCCACUGGCUCUAUGACACCCCUGGUGUCAUGAAAGAGAAUGACGUCCUCAAUCUGUUGACCGAGCAGGAGGGGAAGGUGGUCGUGCCCACACAAGCCAUCGUACGCAGGACGUUUGUGUUGAAACCUGGAAUGUUGCUGUUCCUGGGAGCUCUAGGACGAAUUGAUUACCUUCAGGUUGGGUGGCAGUGACAGGAGUGGAGGGGAACAGUUUCCUGCUGCGUGCCCAUGCUCCAGGGGGUACAGGGCUCUCCUUGAGUAGCCCACCUCUACUCCCCAACAUCGUUAAUCCUGAAGGGAGAGCACAUCAACAAGUCUGUUGCUUAUACGACCAUGAAACCCCAGCGCCUGGUGGACACCAGCCUGUCCUACAAAGGAGCAGAGGCUCAAUUUGAAGAAAAUAUUAAGUGCGUAAAAUCUAAAUGGAGCAACAUGCAUUUUCAUGUCAAAGGCUUUUUGUACUCAAUGUCUAAUGGUGAUACCGUACUUUAAGUUUGUGGAUGGUUUUCAGCUCUGGGUUUUGUAACAUUGUAAAUAUAAUGAUUGUAAAUACCCUACAUAUAAACAGCUGUCGUUA